AUGAAACAAUGGCAAAUCAUCGGUGAUGAAUACCCAGUUGAGAAUGCACACAGCAUUAUUCGUUCCCAAACAUUGGAUUCAGACACAGCAGAAACCCUUUCCAGCAAAGUCAAAGCCAUUUUCCAAUCUAAAGAAAAACAGAAAAACUUCCGUUCUUCCUUUACUCCUUCGAUGAAGUUUUCCUUCUCAACAAAACAACUCCAAUUCCUUAAAUCGAAAGCAGCCGUCACAUUAACCUCUGUGUUUGAAUCCAUUGUUCACCACCUAAUGAACACUCAGUUCGUUGAGAAAUUAAACAAGAAAAAGAAGGGAACAGAAGUGAAAAUGCCUCAAAUAUUUGGAGAAAGGAAAUUAAGUGAUUGUGUGCUACCCCUUGGAUACCAUGGUAGACAUCAGCCAAAUGAAGAUUGCAAGUGUGAUAUGCCAUCAUGUACCACAUCCAAAGAAGAAACUUGGAAGAUGUUUCCUGGUUGUUGGCACUCCUUCCACGAGUCAUGCAUUAAGGAUGGCAGUUGCCCUCUUUGUUCCAAGACGCUCUCUGAGAAAGCAAAGGAAUUAGGUAAGAAGUGCAAAGAUGCAAUCCUGUUCCCACAUCAGAAAGCAGACCAAACCCCAGAUAAUUGAAAUGGAAAUCAAAAUGAAUAUGAUGAUGAAAACAUCCAGUUAGGAACAAAUGAUGAAAUCAUUGCUGAUGUUACUUCAUUAAAUAACAAGAUUUCCAAUUUGUGCCCUACUCUUCCAAAGAACGACCAUCGAUUCCUGCCACUACAACCACCACCACCCAAGAUAUCAAAACCACAAAACCCAGUUACACCACCAUCACGAGUUACACUACCAUCGAAAGCACCUUCAGCUUCAUAUGGGAGAGACCAACUGCUUCCAGCUACACCACCAUUGCGAGAGUCAACACACAGCAACACAGGUCAACACCACAUCAGCAAAACCUUGUCAACCACAACAACGUAUAUUCAGAAUUGAACACCUGGUAUUAUAGAAUGGCUACUUCCUCAAAGCAUUUCCCAAUCCAAUCUUUCCUACAACACAUCUGGAAGUAAUGCAUGCACAAUAAUAUCAGUCUUGGGUGCACUAAAUUUAUCAAGGAAGAGUUACUUUCCAACAUCUGUUCAAGAAAUAAAUGAAGCUGCUGCCUACUUCAAACAAAUAAUGAUAAAAGGAAACAGAUUAUAUCAGACUCUCAACAUCGAAUCAUCUACACCAAACUUGCAUGUGGUGGAUGUCUCAUUGACCAAACUACCAGCAUUAACCAUGACCAUUAAAGAGGACACUGGCUUUUUCACAGAAGAUGAUAUGGUGCAAAAGCUCGAAAGCAUUCGGCAAGAAAAUCCUGUUAUGGUCGGUGUUCUGAUUAUUGCACCUGACAAAUCAAUGGUCAUCUAUAUGGAUCAAAAGAAAAUUGGUCUCAUGGACAGCCAUUCUCAUGGGCAACAUGGUGGACUUAUUGUGACAUGCUUUUCAAGUAAUGUCAAAGACUUUGUCACAUAUGUUUCAAAAAUGGCAAAGCAAUAUUGGAAUACUAGCCUUGCUGGAGCAAACUUUACCAUCUUAGAGCCGUACAUAUAA